AGCACGCAAACCUUUCAGAGCAAGAGAAGAGAGCUAACGUCAGAGUCGCAUACCUUGGGGGAGAGUUUAUAAGCUAGCACAAGGACAACCAUCGUCAGCUCUACUGAGGUGAGGUCUUCAGGCAGAUCAGGCACCAUGCAGCGGUGGACUCGCAACGGGAUGCUCAACUUCUCGCAGCCGUCGGCGUCGUCCCCGUUCGGCUUCUACGACACCGGCCAAGGAGCGUCGAGCAGCCCCGGGCGAUCGCACGGCUGCCGGGGCCAGGACAAGGAGCAGCGCAACCUGGAGAAGAACCUGAGCAAGGUGCGCAAGGAGUGGAUGAAGGUGAAGGAGGAGAUGGGGUACGCGCGGCUGCUGAGCGAGCACCUCAGCGAGACGGUGACGGAGGUCGACCGGAAGGUGGCCGCCAUGCUGGAGGAGCUCGACCGGACGGACAAGUACAUGCACGACGUACUGUCGUCGUCAUCGUCAUCGUCCCAGCAUAAGUGAUUUAGCCGUGGUGACGCUGACGCGGAUGCUCUCUUUUUUGCCGGAUGUUGGUGUGUUUAGCUAGCUAGAGUUUCUCUUUGUCGGGGGAUUUUGCCAUUUGGUAUUCUUGUAGAUGUCCAUGCUGGUCCGGCCGGCGUAUGUGUACAUCAUAUGUGUAGUCGACGUGUCUGCUGAUAUGUUAUUCUUCAGUUCGCCUAUAUAGAGUAUUUGAGUUCAGUUCAGUGCUCAA